CUCCAGGCUCAAGCCGUGUGUGCACAGGUCCAAUGGCUGAGCUCCCCAGAAUGAGAGGAGGACAGGCUGCGCCCAGGAGGCGCACGUGGAGGCGAGUCGCCAAGUUUACGCCACGUCCAGCAGCAGCAUGGGCGAGAACAUCGUCAUCAUCGGCGGAGGCUUUGCUGGCAUGCAAUCGGCCCGCCGACUAAGGAAGAGGUUCAGGAGUGUCACGCUGAUCGAUGCGAAGGAGUAUUUCGAGUUCACGCCUGGAAUGCACCGCCCUUUCACGGAUGUCUCGAAGCACGCAGAGCUCGUUUUCGACUACGCCGAGUAUUGCUCUAGGAUUGAUGUGAUGUUUGUUUGCGGAUACGCCAGUGGCAUCGACAACGAUGUGGUCAUCGUGAAACGCAGGGACGCUGGCAUCGAAGACCUGAGGAUACAGUACGACUUCUGCAUUGUUUCGGUUGGCUGCCACUACGGCCUGCCCAUCGCGAACUCUCGGCGUGCCACGCCAGUGUGCGAGUGCCUUUGGUAUCCGACCAUCACGAGUGUCGCAACGCAGUGCGGGUGGGCGGGUAGCCCCCACGACCUGCGGUGGAACGAGCUCACGCUGGCGGGCCGGCGCAUGCACCUGGAGGGUGAGUACCUCACCAUCAAGAGGCUGGCGGAGACCAAGGCCCACGUCGCCGUGGUCGGCGGGGGAUUCGUGGGCGUGGAGUUCGCGAUGGAGCUCGCGCUCGCCUUCCCAGAGCUCGAGAUCACCCUGUUGGAGCAGAAGGAGGCGGUGGUGGUGUCCAUGCCCAAAGCCUCGCGGGAGUACGCCCAGAGCGCGCUGGACAAGGCUGGGGUCCGCUGCCUGCUCGGCGUGGACUACUUCGAGGUCAUGCGUCAGGAGGGGGAGGGCGACUUCUGGGAGCGCCGGGGCCUCUCCUACCCCGACCGCUUCUUCAUGGCCACGGGCCUGCGGCCUCACGCGGACUUCCUUCCCGCGGAGGUCAGGACGCCGGCUGGCUGGGUGCAGGUCAACGAGGCCUUGCAGGUCGUGCGGGAGCUCGAGGGCGCUGGCUCCUCCGUGGCGCUCGGCGGACGCGUGUUCGCCGCAGGCAACUGCGUGGGGGACGUGCCGGGCAUCGGGCGGCUGCCUAAGAACGUGUUCCCCGCGGAGCACAUGGCGGUCCAGGUCGUCUCGAACAUCAUCAAGCUCUCGGUUGCUGGUGGCCUGCCCCGAAGGCUCACAGAGGCGCCGGGCGCGUCCUCCUCGCGCACGGGCACCGGCAGAUCCUUGGCGGCGCUCGGCGCCCGCGGCCUCGGGCAGAGGCCCCUGGACAGGCAGUGCUCGAUCUUGAGCCGCCGCUCGGGCAGGCCCUCCUCCAGGAGCGCCAGCUCGGACUUGAGCUCGGACUCCGACUCCUCGUCCGAGGUCAUGCGCUCAGUCAGCAAGACGAAGACGGAUGUGUUGCUCGGCCUGGAGGUUGGCAGUGGGAGCGCUUCCGUCUCCAGAGGGGGCGCCUCCAGCGCCUCGGGGAUGUCCAGGAUGUGCAGCGCCGCGGCGCAGGCCGCCACGAGCUCUGGGGCGACGCCCCGGGUGGCCGCACUCGACCCGGUCUCCCACCCGUGGCCAGGCUCGGCGGUUUGCGCCCUCAGCCUCGGGCCUCGGGACGGCGUCUGCGCCAUGACGAGCACAGAUCCGGACAGCGGCUACACCAUGCUGACUGGGCGGGCGGUGAUACUCCAGAAGGAUACGAUACAGUGGAGCAAGAUCGACGAGUUCAAGUCCGGAUCUGUUGGUAGCAUGCUCUGGUCUCUCAUUCAUUGAGUUCUGAUGGUUGCGACCCGGAUCGGAGGAGGAGGAGGAGGAGUAGCAGGCGUAUGGAAGAGGGAGGAGUCUGAUUGUCAGGUCAUGUGCAGAAGGCAGCGUUGUGCUUCCGCCGCGGUGCGCGCCUAAGUUUUCGGGGCGAACGUCCCGUCGUAGACGUAGACAUCUGCUCAGAUCAAAGUAUGGGAUCCCGUCUAUAGUGGCAUGGGCACUCUCACCUACUAGUGCUGGGAGCUCUGCGGUGGGGCCGACAACAUGCAGCGCGGUACGAUGAAAAGUUGCUUUGUGUGUGCUGUGGGCCCCGGUCUUCCAUCACACCCCACCACCUCUUGGGCUGGUGCCCUCUCUG